GGCCGAGCGCGGCGGGCGUCGCUGGGGCGGGGCGGGGGCUCCGCGGGGCUCCCAUGUCGCUGCUGCCGCGGGGCCGCGGCUGCCCGGCCUUCCGGAGGCUGCUGCUGGGGCCGCGGGGCCGGGUGUCAGCAAGCCAUGCAUGUAACCAGUACAGAACAUCAGGGUCAUUGCCAGAUGAAACAAAAGAGUUCCUGCAAAAUGGACCAGGCUUGCAAGACUUUGUCUCUGGAGAUUUGUCAGACAGGAGCGCGUGGGCUGAGUAUAAAGGCAACUUAAAGCGUCAGAAAGGAGAAAGGCUGCGACUUCCUCCAUGGCUGAAAACAAAUAUUCCCAUGGGAAAGAACUACAAUAAGCUAAAGAAUACCUUGAGAAGUUUAAAUCUUCAUACGGUCUGUGAAGAAGCACGUUGUCCCAACAUUGGAGAAUGCUGGGGAGGUGGUGAAUAUGCUACAGCUACAGCUACCAUUAUGCUGAUGGGUGACACAUGCACUAGAGGCUGCAGAUUUUGUUCGGUAAAGACAGCAAAGAAUCCACCUCCCCUGGAUCCUGAGGAGCCUUUCAACACAGCAAAGGCUAUAGCUGAGUGGGGCUUGGAUUACGUGGUAUUGACAUCUGUGGACAGAGAUGAUAUGCCUGAUGGUGGAGCAGAACACUUUGCAAAGACAGUUUCUCACCUGAAAGAAAGGAACCCCAGCAUUCUGGUGGAGUGCCUCACUCCCGACUUCCGAGGGGACCUGAAAGCUGUGGAGAAAGUGGCGCUGUCGGGGCUGGAUGUCUAUGCGCACAACGUGGAGACGGUGCCGGAGCUGCAGCGGAAGGUGCGUGACCCCCGCGCCAGCUUUGAGCAGUCCGUGCGGGUGCUGAAGCGGGCCAAAGAGGUGCGGCCCGGCCUCGUCUCGAAAACCUCCCUCAUGCUGGGGCUCGGCGAGACGGAUGCACAGGUGUAUUCCACAAUGAAGCUAUUGCGGGAAGCAGAUGUUGACUGUUUGACCUUAGGACAGUACAUGCAACCAACAAAACGUCACCUGAAGGUUGAGGAGUAUGUAACUCCUGAAAAAUUUAAGCACUGGGAAAAAGUAGGAAAUGAUCUUGGAUUCCAUUACACUGCUAGUGGGCCUUUAGUGCGCUCCUCCUAUAAAGCAGGCGAAUUCUUCUUGAAGAACUUGGUAGAAAAAAGAAAGACAAAAGCCAUCUGAAAAUGAGAGUGAACCUGUUUAAACCAGCCAGUUUUAACGAUCCUCAGUUCCAGAAAUGUAGCAGACCAGAUGGUAGAUGCAUUAAUACAUUUACUAUCUGUCCAGAACACUUUUCUCUCACUGAACGCUUCACAGUAUUCUACCUAAUUUCUCCUGGCAAGGCUACAACUACCAUCAUACUUCUAGUGCUCAGCAGAAAGUUAGAAGAUCGAACCAAUUCUGAAAGAGUAAUGGAACUGACUGAGGUGGAAGAAAUGUAAGCUGAAAAAAAAAUAAAAUGAGGAGGAUACAUUUAAGUAAACAGGUUUGAUACAACCAUCCAUAUUGCUGCAGUUAGGUACUUGUGAAGAUGCUAGUAACAAGUAAUAGAAAAGGUACGGAUACUUUGGUUUAUCUUGCCAUUAUGUAACACAAGUUUGCAGGGCCUCUGGGAAAUAGAGGAGUUCUAAAGAUUGUGUACAUGACAAAAGACCAUAUUAGGGCUAUCUUGAGCCACACCAUAGAAGGUAACGGUAAUACUCUUUCAAGAGAUGGUAUCACUUAUCUGCAUCUUAAGAAAAUUAACUAUAACAUUUUCAUAGCUAAUGUUUUUCAGGUGCUUGCAUGUCUCCAAGUGUGAGCCUUGGUAACCAAGGUAUCAAGUUGAAGAAGACGGAAGCCCCUUCUGGCAAGAGAAUUAACCUUGUGUAGAUACCAUGUAAUUUAAACCAUAUGGAAAAUCAGACCUGUCAUAACAGCAUGAAUAGAGCCACCCCUAGUUUGGGUGCAUGACUGUAACAAACCCCACUGAGUUGCACAGGUGCUUUGGUAUUGGUAUGCAGAACUGCCUCAGUUGUGGACUAUGCUUCUGCUCCACAGGUAUCAUCUUUGCAUUAAAGGACAGUUAAAUACCCAGUGUAAGGGUGGGGUGGUUGUGUUUGAUGGGCCUGGUUACCUGCCCCCUUGAGACCUGUUCUGGCUGUUAAAUCUGAAUGCAGCAGGGUGAAUGCACCAUAGGCAAAUUGUGAAUCCAUGACAUACUGUACUAAGCUCAAGCAGAAAUAAAAGGAUGGCUCGUGGUGUACAA